AUGGCCAUCUGGUAUUGGCUGCUACUUCCGCUCUCGUUAGUCUUGGCACCGUUGUUAUUGGCGCAAGCCUUACUUGCAAAGGCAAACGUGAUAAAUCGACGAAAAGUAUUGAGGGAGCUUGGUAUACCUGACGCGAAACACAAACAUCAUACGCUUGUCGGGUUCUUUCAUCCAUACUGUAAUGCUGGCGGAGGCGGAGAACGCGUCCUAUGGACCGCCAUUGCACUUCUUCAGCGAAAAGACCCGCACAUUAUUAGCGUCGUGUACUCUGGAGAUGGCGCAGCAGGGAAGGAAGAAAUCAUUGCCAAAGUUAAAACCCGAUUCAACAUUACACUCGACCCAAGCAAACUCCACUUUGUUUUCUUCAGCAAUCGUUACCUCGUCGAGGACUCAACCUGGCCACGGUUCACCCUGCUAGGACAGAGUCUCGGCUCAAUCCCCCUAGUCCUGUACGCGUUCAAGCAGCUCAUUCCUGACCUCUACAUUGAUACAAUGGGCUACGCAUUUACAUACCCCUUCGUACGAUUGCUGAGCGCAGGGAAGGUACCUGUAGGCGCAUACGUGCAUUAUCCAACUAUCAGCACAGACAUGCUCGCUCGCGCUGGUGCAAAUCGCUUUACCUUCUCCAACAUACAAAAUCUCACUCUCUCGGACGCCCGCAUUGUCCCAAAACUCCUAUAUUACCGCGCAUUUAUGGCUUGUUACGCUACAGCACUACGCUGUGCUUCAUUCCUCAUGGCCAACUCAACUUGGACGAAGAAUCAUGUCGAUUCACUCCUUGUGAACCAUGCAUUUGGAUUAUUAUGCGAUGAUCCACUGCUUGGGUUAGACUGCCCGUCUGACGCACUGUCUCUCAGCUUUUGGACGCAACGAAAAUGGAAAACGCAUGUCCCGCCUCGUUCAGCCCAUAUUGUCUACCCACCAUGUGAGACACAAGAACUCGUUGAUUUCCCUCUGGAGGGGAGGAGGAAAGUAAUCGUGAGCGUCGCUCAGUUCCGGCCCGAGAAAGACCAUGCGGCACAGCUUCGAGCGCUCGCAAAGUUAUUCGAAUCCCAUCCAGAACAUAGGCGAGACGCCCGACUGAUUAUGAUCGGUGGAUGUAGGAAUGCAGAUGACGAAGCGCGCGUUAAUGGGCUACGUGCGCUUUCAAAGGAACUCGGCGUUUCUGAAAACGUAGAGUUCGUCUUGAACGCCCCUCACCCCGAAGUCCUUUCAUGGCUCUCCCGUGCAAGUGUCGGCCUUAGCACGAUGGUGGACGAGCAUUUUGGGAUUAACGUUGUCGAGUUCAUGGCUGCGGGCGUGAUACCAGUAGUACACGCUUCUGCAGGACCGUUCAUAGAUAUUGUCGUUCCGUAUAAGGGAGAACCUACAGGAUACCACGCAACGACUCCCCAGACCUUCGCCACCCAACUACACUCCACACUUUCACUCUCACCCGCAGAAGAACACGCCAUGCGGUUGAGAGCGCGUACGUGGGCUGUUGAACGUUUCUCGAGAGCAGGGUUUGAGAGGGCUUGGGAGGAGAGUGGGUGGAGGAAGUGGUUACCUGCUUCUUACUCUCCGUCUUCGUAAUGUUAGGGCGAUGAAUGUUCAAUGUAGAGUUACCUAAUCGCUCUUUGUAUCUAUCUGUCCAUCCGUCCAUCAACAAUCCC